GUGAGGCCACCAGCCCGGCAACAGAUUCUGAUUUCGCAAAGAGUGUGUAGAGCUUAGCGAAAAUGAACCUCAGCCCUUCAGACCAGAGUGUGCACAACUCCAAUGAAGGCUGCCUGGAGGAUGACAAACACAGCGUCAUGCUGCCUUGCUUACGCAGAAACAUCUACGAUGAGCCACUUUCCUCAUACUCCAAUGGCUCAAUCAUAUCUCAGCUUCUACGGAAGACCAUGCACAGCAAAAGGGCACUAGAAGAAAGCCAUUUCUACCUUUCCAACUCUACUACCACUGACUCUGGACAGGAGGACCGCAGCAGUGUGUCGUCAAAGGACAGUACAACGGAAGCAUCCUCACCUAAUUGCCACCUUUCUACAAGGUGCAGCUCAGAGGGAGAACCACCCAUGACAGACCACCUUCAAGCGAAGCGAGCCCGAGUGGAGAACAUCAUCAGAGUGAUGUCAGGUUCUCCCAACAACAGGCCACAUGAGGACAAUGAGCGGCCUGACCUUGAUUCCCGAGACACCAGAGAGUCUCGAGAGGCAUACCGGGAGAAUAAACGCAAACAACGGCUACCUCAACAUCAGGAGCACAGCAUUGGAGGGCCGGCAAGUCAAAAACCUGGAAGAGAUCACGAUGAUACUAACACCAAGGAUGAGGAGUGCCACAAACUAAAAGAGCAGCUCCACAGCAUGCAAAAGCUUCUAUGUCAGCUCCAGGAAAAAUUCCUUCAAGUUUAUAAGCAGGAAGAUGCAGCUCGCGACGACAAGGAAGCUGUAGCCACUGAUUGUCACACCCCAGUGGGAAGCAACUACACGGGCGCCGAAGAUGGUUGCGAGAGGAAGAGCAGGCUGAUUUCAGAGCGUGAGGACAGAAUGAAAGAUGGUCAACCGACUCUUCAAAGAGAGAGUCAGAACCUUUGGGAAAUCUUGAAGCAGGAGCUCUCCAGUGCUAUGAAUGACUGUGUGGACCGAGUGUUGACCAAGGUGUCCUCAUCAGGGCUCGAUCUAUCCUCUCAACAGCGAAUGUGCCCAUCUCCAGAGAUGCAGAUCAGUUUGAGUGCAGGCCAAAAGAACCAACAAGAUGGUUCAAUACAGGAGCACCUGCAGGCUGAAGAGAGCCCCACCAAGCCCCACUCUUUGGAGUGUUAUGAUAACUCAGAGGUGCAUCAGGACCAGACAGAAGCACUCUCACUGGUGGUUCGCAAACCAGUGACAACACCUCUGAGCUCAGUCACCUCCACAGUGAAGAGGCCCUAUCCUGUUCACCAGACGCCAUUCCAGUUCAACUACAGUGCCCCUCUGCAUGAAAGCCAGAUCCUGGAACACCUUCUCAAGUACGGGCCACACACUAACUUUGGGGGUCUCCACUGCAUGCCCCAUUCAAUGGACAGGACCUCUCCAGACCCAGUAGACCUACCUUGGGACACCAUUGCAUUGCGAUCCAAAGUGACACCCAGUCACAUCAGCCACCACUCUCGCCCCUCUGCACUGGGGCCUGUGACGGUCGAGACUCUGUGCCUCCCUCAUGUCAAACUAGAGUGUGGUGAGCUGCAAAGUAUGGCCGAACGAAACCCCUACAUGUCUCUCAACAUCCAGGAGGGUCUCACCCCGAGUCACUUGAAGAAGGCCAAACUGAUGUUCUUCUACACUCGCUACCCCAGCUCCAAUGUCUUGAAGACAUUCUUCCCUGAUGUCAAGUUCAAUCGGUGCAUCACAUCUCAGCUGAUCAAGUGGUUCAGUAACUUCAGGGAGUUCUACUACAUCCAAAUGGAGAAGUUUGCCCGCCAAGCCAUUGUAGACGGCAUCAGUGAAGUCAAAGAAAUCACAGUCAGCAGAGACUCCGAGCUGUUCCGUGCACUCAACAUGCACUACAACAAGGCCAAUGACUUCCAUGUUCCUGACAAAUUCCUGGAGGUUGCUGAGAUCACGUUGCAUGAGUUUUACAAAGCCAUUUCUGUGGCCAAAGAUUCAGACCCCUCCUGGAAGAAGGCCAUCUACAAGGUCAUCUGUAAACUGGACAGUGAUGUUCCUGACGAAUUCAAGACAUCCUCCUAUUUGUAGGCCAAAGGGGAUAAAUGUGACAACAAGUAUAGGAAUUGGUGACAGGGGAA